GCGCGUCCCUCCCGACGUGCGGUGACGACGGCCCGCUUACACAAUGACCGUUUCCGUCACUUUGACUCGCUCAUCGAGACCGCGUUGAACUCGCUCUGCCCGUCAGAUUUGCAGCCGAGCUUCAGUCGACGGUUGUGUGUUCCGUUUGACGUGACCUGCAGGUGUGGAGGACCGCGCCGUCCACACAACGACCUUUACAGACGCACGCGGCUUCUGUUUGCUCGCGCUGAACUUUGGGAUUCCUGCUCGAGGCCCAGCGGAGAGAGAGCUCAGCUCCCAAAAAGUUUGUUGUUAUCACGUGACUCGACACGAAUGUGGCGAUAAAACUUUUUUUUUGUUUUGUUUUGUUUUUUUCUUGCUGUCGUAAAACUUGGUGGCGUUCUACGGUUAAAUUUUUCUUCCCCCAGCGCCGUUUUCACCACAAUGCCGCAGCCAAAAUACAGGAAAAUCGCCGUUCUGGGUUACCGGUCCGUAGGAAAGUCUUCUCUCACGAUACAGUUUGUGGAAGGGCAGUUCGUUGACUCCUAUGACCCAACCAUUGAGAACACCUUUAACAAAAUGGUGAACGUGAACGGUCAAGACUUCAACCUUCAGCUCGUUGAUACAGCUGGACAAGAUGAGUACUCCAUUUUUCCACAGUCCCACUCAAUGGAUAUCCAUGGUUAUGUUCUCGUCUAUUCAGUUACUUCAAUGAAAAGAUUUGUGCCUGUAGCUUAUUUGUCUCUGUUCAGUUUUGAAGUCGUGCAGGUUCUACACGACAAGUUACUAGACAUGGUUGGGAAAAUUCAGGUUCCCACUGUUCUUGUAGGGAACAAAAAAGACCUCCACAUGGAACGUGUGAUCAAACCGGAGGAGGGUAAAAAGCUUGCUGAUUCCUGGGGGGCUGCUUUUAUGGAGUCUUCUGCAAAGGAGAAUGAGACUGCCGUUGAGGUUUUCAAGCGGAUCAUUUUAGAGAUGGAGAAAGCUGAUGGAAAUGCGCCCCCAGAGGAGAAAAAGUGCACCGUGAUGUGACCGUGUCCAGAACGUCAGUAAUGGAGUUUACUGAAGACAGGAGGCACAACUUCACCAGCUGGCCAAUCGGGACUUCACCAAUCCCAGGACGCUGCAGUGGAACAUUCUUGCUCUGUUGCAUUAUCAGAUUAUUUCAUGUUAGCACAAAGUGACUGUCCAGACAGUUUAUAUUUUGUAACCAUAGGAGGAAGUUUUUUAAGCAUCAAACUAUUAAAAAGGAAGGUUUUGAAAGUAGACAUCACCUAAAAAUCCCCCAAAAUAGACACAUUUUUGUACAGAAUUAAAUGAAUACAAAUGUAAAUCUUUUUCAAACAGAGACCUGGUUAGACUUUGUGUAUCUUCAAUAAUUGUGUAAAUUCAGAUGUUUUGGACCGGAAUGCACAGUUCACAUUGCUUUAAAUGGGACAAAGCGCCUCCAUUUCUCAGGAAUGGAGAAUUUCCAUAGACCCAUUUUAAUAAACGCAUCUAAAAAAAUCUGUUUUUACACUUCUUACAGUUUCUGUGAACUUAAGAAACAAUUCACUAAAACUGUAGAGCUUUAUGUCACAAUGGAAGAGUUUAAUACACAUGUAACAACUCUUAAGACUCUUCUGCUAAGCAGAUAGACUUGUUCUAGCUUAGUAUCUCCUCAUUACCUAUAACAUUGAUUCUGUCUUUAGUUUAAUUACCAUAAGUCCUCAUUAGUUGGCUUUUAGAUAUAAAUAAAAACUGGUGUUACCAGUUGGAUCUGCCCAAUGCAGAUUUGUGGUUCCGUUGUGAUCCUGAGUACACUCAUUUUUUUUUAAUUUCAACUUUGAAAUAGCAUAGUGCAGGGCUAAAAGACCACAGGUUGUUUGGCAUUUGAGUUGUUUAUAAAUGCUUGUCAAAAGCAGGGUUGCGUGCAGAGCAAUUGGAAGUGGUCGUCAACACGAGAGUUUCAGCUUUUUUUCAAAAACCUGUAAACUCCAUUGACUUGAGAGCCUUGCAGAAUUCCCAUGCUGUCCAUGUGGUCAUUUUUAACCUUAAGUGCUUGAUGUAAAUAGUUGACUGAAGGUUGAUGCUUGCAGAAGCUGGUGUUGCUGUGUCUUUGUGCCUUACGGUCGCUCAAACUCCCAUCUGCCUUUUUUUUUUUCGACUUAAGGUGCUCUAGAAGUUCCUCCCUCUGCUGACUUGACAGUACCAGUGCAGGUGUUGUACACCUACGCACCAUUAUCCCCUUGUGGGUCGAUGUUCAUUUUGAAAUCUUGCUGUAAACAGUUUUGUAAAUAAAUCUGUUACUCAUUUGUUUCCUCA